AUGAGUAUUCCCGAAUUAGCUCCGCCUAUAACGGCGACGGGACAUCCAUCUCAUCACGAUGCCAUCUCCAACAAUGACAACCACAGUGUCGAUGCCGCUCAACCCACCAAUCCUGCUCCUCAAGAAAACUCGGUAAAUUCGCCACCUAGUCAUGAAUCAUCAUCAUCAUCAUCAUCAUCGAUAGCUGGUAGAGGUAUAGAGAGUCAAUCCUCUUCCUCAGAUCUCAAAAGAAAAUCGACUGGGGAUCUGAACAAAGUUGACUCGGACGAUCGAGAUACCGAGUCCACUGUCACCGCCGAGGGGUCAAGUAGUAACCCUCAAGGAAAGGGCAAACACGCUCAAAACAAGAAUGCAGCUGAUCGACAAGAUGAUUCUGAUAACUCGUCAAGCCAGACCGAAGGAGAUGACGAAGAAGACUGGAGUUACGGUGCUCAACUCAAGACCGAUCAAAAAUUGUUACAAUCACGCGGUCUCGCACCUCAUCAUUCAUUAGCCCUUGCUUAUGAUCAUCUUUCCGUUCGAGGUGAAGGUGGUGCAGAUGAUGUCACCUAUGCUCCUACUGUCGGAGCAAUAAUCGCUCCGUGGACGAAUAGGAAAUACAAGAAGAAAGCUGCAAAACUCGCUAAAGCAAGAGUUGAAGCUGAAGAAAAGGGAAAUGGAGGACAACCAGAUGAAUCUGGAAGAGGUGCAGAUAUGAGGUUCAAUGAAGGUGAUGAAACACCCAAAAAGGGACAAGAUGGUUUGAGACCGGGAGAAAGAUAUCUCUUGAAAGAUUUUUCAGGAUUGGUCAAACCUGGAGAAAUGAUGUUGGUCGUAGGAAGACCCGGAAGUGGAUGUACCACAUUCUUGAAAGCUUUAGCUGGAUUACAUAAUGGUUAUGCUGGAAUAGAUGGAGACAUCUAUUAUGGUGAUAUGACUGGGGAUAAAACAAUCGCACCUUACAGAGCAGAUGUUAUCUUCAAUUCUGAAGAAGAUAUACAUGAUCCUAAUUUACUCGUUGGAAGGACGUUGGAUUUCGCUUUGAGAAUGAAUACCCCUUCGGCUGUAGCAAGAUUGCCUGAAGAAGAAGGAGGUGAACCAAUGCAGCCUCAAAACUAUCAAGAUAAAACAAAGAAGGAAUUAUUGAAAAUCUUUGGAUUGGAACACACUCAUGAUACCAAAGUCGGUGAUCAAUAUGUGAGAGGUGUCUCUGGUGGAGAGAAGAAACGAGUUUCCAUCGCCGAGGUCCUCACCACCAAAGCUUCCGUACAGAUGUGGGAUAAUGCCACCAGAGGUCUCGAUGCCGAUACAGCCUUAAAAUUCAACAAAGUCAUUCGGACGCUAACAGAUAUCGAAAGAAAUACUUCUGUCGUCAGCUUGUAUCAAGCCGGUAACGGUAUUUACAACCUCUUCGAUAAAGUCACUGUUAUAGCCGAAGGAAGGAUCAUCUAUUACGGGCCAAGAAAAGAAGCUAGAAAGUAUUUCGAGGAUUUAGGAUUUGUUCACCCUGAUGGAGGUAAUACCGCCGAUUUCUUGACUUCAGUCACUGCUACCAACGAGAGAGUUGUCAAGGAAGAUCACGAUGGUAAGGUCCUUACCGCACCCGCGGAAUUCGCACGUGCAUACCAAGAAAGUGAGAUCGCCAAACGUAUGCGUGAGGAGCUCGAUCACCAUCUAUCCAGCGACGAAAAGUCGAAAGAAACUCGUGCUACGCAGGAAGCUUUACAAAAGGAAAAGUAUAAAUGGGCUCCCAAGAAAAGGUCAGAGAAAGUGGAUUACCCCACUCAGGUUCGAGCUGCUUUGAUCAGGGAUUAUCAGAUGAGAUGGGGAGAUCAAUGUUUAAGUGAAACGACCGCCGCUUUCUCCGGACGAGCUGUACUUGCCAAACAUAAAGCAUUUUCCUUAUACAGACCUUCGGCUAUCCUCAUCGCUCAAACAAUCGGUGAUCUGCCUAUCUUUUUCUUCCAACUCGUUAUUUUCACCUUGAUCAUCUAUUUCAUGGUCGGUUUCAAAGUGGACGUCGGUCUUUACUUCACCUUUUUGCUGUUCACCUAUAUCACUACUUUGACUACCACUGCAUUCUUCCGUUUCAUCGGAUAUUCAUUUGGUACAUUCAACAACGCCUCAAAGGUCUCUGGUCUCAUGUUCAGUAUAUUGUACGCUGGUUAUAUCAUCUACACUCCUUCGAUGCACCCAUGGUUCUCUUGGAUUCGAUGGAUCGAUCCUGUAUAUUACUCUUUCGAAGCUUUGAUGGCUAAUGAGCUUGCCGGAUUGGAAUUACAAUGUAUCCCGCCACAACUCGUACCAUACGGUCAGAAUUAUAUGGGUACACCAGCAGGUUGCGCUAUCGCCGGGGCACAACCUGGAUCUACGACGUUGAAUGGACAAGCAUAUGCCGAGACUGCUCUUGAAUUUUUCCACUCACAUAGAUGGAGAAACUUCGGUAUUGUCGUGGCGUUAUGGUUAUUCUUCCUCGCCCUCGCAGCUAUCACUAUCGAAAGAUUACCUGCUGCCGGAUCCAACAAAGCUAUUCUGCUAUACAAGAGAGGCGGUGGUGGUAAAUUCAUUCGAGCAUCAAACCAAAAUGGUAAUGAACCUAAAGAUGAGGAGCAAGGAGGAAGUACUAUGCAAACAAAUGAGAAAUCUGGUCGAUCGGGCAAACAAGAAGAAACACCUGAGGGAGUCGCAGCCGAGAAUACGUGA